CCUCUGUUUCAAAAGUUACGAUUCGGUUGUCAAAUCCAAACAGUAUUCUAGACAACUCUGGAAGAACAAUAAGAAAAAAAAAAACAAACAAUAAAAUGAAAACAUCGUUAAAUAAAGGGAGCCUGUGAAGAGAAAAAAAAAAGGAAAAAAAUUUGGAAAAUCGUUGAGAAAAAUCGAAAAAGCCAGUUCCGAUGGAGAAAUCAGGAGGAGCUGCACCACCGUCGGUAGAAAGCUCGAGGGAGCUACAAUGCGUAGGCAAAAUGGAAAUCGUAAAACCGAAGCCCGCUGGUUUUCUCUGCGGUUCGAUCCCUGUUCCAACUGAUAAAUCCUUCCAUGCUUUCAACUCCGCUCUCGUCCCUUCCUCCCGCCAAUCAGUAAGUGCGCCGAGGUAUCGGAUGCUGCCGACGGAGACCGACUUAAACAGGCCGCCGCUCGUCACUAAUUGCCCUGAAAAAGUGCUUCCAGUUGGGGCCGUACAGUCCAAGGUUACUGGAGUUUUUUCUGCGGCAGAUAUAAUAUGGGAGGAUGAUGCUAUUGCAUCUAGUCUCAGUAGGAAGUGUGAAGCACUUGCUGUGUCUGGUUUGGUGGAAUAUGGAGAUGAGAUAGAUGUGAUUGCUCCAGCUGAUAUUCUAAAGCAAAUGUUUAAAAUACCAUAUUCUAAGGCUCGAUUAUCAAUUGCAGUCCACCGUGUUGGACAGACUCUCGUUCUGAAUACAGGACCUGAUGUGGAAGAGGGAGAGAAAUUGGUUAGAAGACAUAGCAAUCAAUCAAAAUGUACAGAUCAAUCUUUGUUUCUGAAUUUUGCUAUGCAUUCAGUUAGAGUGGAGGCCUGUGAUUGUCCACCUACUCAUCAAGCAACACCGGAGAGGCAAUCAGAUUCUGCUGUCUUUCCUGGGGGAGAGACAUCAAAAUUUGUGGCAGAGAAUGACGAUAUUGCUCGAAAAGAAAGAUUUGAGCACUGUUCAGAGUACUCAGAGGUUAAACGGGACGGGUUCCUUUGGGGUAGUAAGAAGGGUGACAGAAACAAGAGCCGUGAUCCUAUCAAGAAGGCAACACAUGUUGGUGAAAAGCCUAGAUGCUCUGUGCAAGAGUCUGAAAAGCACAGAAGAGUUGGCAAUAAUGGAUUCUUAAGAGUGUUAUAUUGGCAAUUUCACAAUUUCCGAAUGCUCCUUGGUAGUGACUUGCUUUUAUUUAGUAAUGAAAAGUAUGCUGCUGUGAGCUUGCACUUGUGGGAUGUUACACGACAGGUUACACCAUUAACCUGGCUUGAAGCUUGGCUUGACAAUGUCAUGGCAAGUGUGCCUGAGUUGGCCAUCUGUUAUCAUCAAAAUGGUGUUGUCCAGGGUUAUGAGCUUCUGAAGACAGAUGAUAUAUUUUUGUUAAAAGGCAUUGCUGAAGAUGGUACUCCUGCUUUUCAUCCCCAUGUUGUUCAGCAAAAUGGCCUUUCUGUUUUAAGGUUUCUUCAAGAAAACUGCAAGCAAGAUCCUGGUGCUUAUUGGCUAUAUAAAAGUGCCGGUGAAGAUGUAAUUCAACUUUUUGAUCUUUCUGUUGUUUCCAAGAACCAUUCUUCUAGUGAUUGUGAUGAUAGCUCAAGCUCCUUGCCUUCUCUAGUACAUAGAGGGAGAAGUGAUUCUUUAUUUUCACUUGGAACUCUCCUCUACCGCAUUGCUCACAGGCUUUCACUUUCAAUGGCAACUAAUAACAGGGCCAAGUGUGCAAAGUUUUUUAAAAAAUGCUUGGAUUUCCUGGAUGAACCAGAUCAUCUGGUUGUACGUGCAUUUGCCCAUGAACAAUUUGCCAGGCUUAUUCUGAAUUACGAUGAAGAACUAGAUCUAACAUCUGAAUAUCUUCCAAUAGAUUGUGAAGUUACAGUUACUGAAGUUGGUGAGGUGGACCCUUUUAACUGUUUUUCCGAAUCUGCUGUCCAUGACUUUUCUGUGGUUGCUGAUAACAAACUAACAGAAGAUGGAACAGAAUUUCAUGAUUUAGCAUCCGAAGUUUCUGUAAUGAUGACUUUGGAAGCAAAUAUAUCUGUCCCCAACAAAAUGAUAGCAUUUUCUGAUACUGGGUUGGGAGAUGAAGAAAAUACCUUGUCAAGGUUUCAUGGUGAUGAGAACUUCAUGGUAUACAACAUGUCUUCAACAUCUGAUGCUUUAGUUCAGCCUGUUACUGAUCCAAUCUCCUCUAAGCUUGCAGCAGUGCAUCAUGUUUCUCAAGCUAUCAAAUCUCUCAGAUGGAUGCGCCAACUGCAAACCUCUGAACCACGGUUAGUCAACCAGGAUAUUGGUAUUCAUGAUCAGCUACCUUCAUCUAUGAAUUUUUCUGUUUGUGCUUGUGGUGAUGCUGAUUGCAUUGAAGUUUGUGAUAUUCGAGAAUGGCUUCCAACAUCCAAACUGGACCACAAGUUGUGGAAACUUGUUCUUCUCCUUGGGGAAUCAUAUUUGGCACUUGGACAAGCUUACAAGGAGGAUGGUCAAUUGCAUCAAGCUUUGAAGAUAGUGGAAUUAGCUUGCUCUGUUUAUGGAUCUAUGCCUCGGCAACUUGAAGAUACAAGAUUUAUUUCCUCAAUAGUUAAAUGCUCACCAUCUGAUACAAAGUUCAAUGACAGAGAUAAAAAGAAAAUUUCAUUUACUGGUGAUGUGAAAAAAGUGAAAUCCAACUCUGCUGACAACUGCUAUAUUGUGGAGCACUUCUCAUCCACAUAUCUUUUCUGGGCAAAUGCAUGGACACUAGUUGGAGAUGUGUAUGUUGAGUUCCACAUAAUUAAGGGUCAAGAGAUCUCUGCUCAAGCAGAGAAAAAACCUUCUACCAGAGAGUUGAAAAUGUCAUCUGAAGUUGUGAAGGAAGUACAAAGGCUCAAGAAGAAGCUGGGCCAGUAUAAUCACAAUUGUAGUUCAUGUUCCUUGGUGAAUUGUAGCUGCGAAAGUGAUAGGGCCAGCAGUGGUAAUAGUGCAAGCAGCAGUGGCGGAGAUACACAUGCAGUAACAUAUGGCAGAAAACAUGGCAAGAGAUCACGUGGUAAUAAUGUUCCUAACACACUUUUGGGAGGCAAUGAAGAUAACAAUGGUCAUCAAAAAGUAAAGAGUAGACAAAUUCCUGAUAAUAGACAGUUUCGGCACACUGGAGAUGGUGACAACAUAAUAAGAGCUAUUACUAGUACAGAUGAGCCUGGUGUAAAUUCAAUGGAAACUACUAAUUCUAAAAGAACGGAGGCUUCGUUUGAAAUGCAUGACAAAAAGUCUGAAGUGGCCAUCCAAAAUGAAAUUGCUUUAAAAGAAACUCCCAAAUUGAAAGAUGGUGGCAUUUUCAAGUACCUUAGGAAUACUGUAGUUGCAGAUGCAGAACACAAUCUCUUAUCUGCUUUGAGCUGUUAUGAAGAAGCAAUAAAGGCUUUGGGUGAACUUCCUUCUGGUUCAGCAGAUCUACAGUCUGUUCUGAAAAAGAAAGGAUGGGUUUGUAAUGAACUAGGUCGAAACAGGCUUGCGCUGAAAGAGUUAAGAAAAGCUGAACUUACAUUUUCAGAUGCAAUAAAUGCAUUCAGAGAAGCCUUGGACUACACCAAUAUAAUAUUAAUAUACUGUAAUUUGGGUCAUGGCAGACGAGCAUUAGCUGAAGAGAUGGUGACGAAGAUGGAAGGUCUGAAAAUGCAUGCAAUUUUCCAUAAUGCAUACAAACAGGCUUUGGAAACUGCAAAACUAGAAUAUUGUGAAUCACUUAGACAUUAUGGGGCAGCGAAGUCAGAAGUGAGUGCUAUAGUGGAAGAGGCAUGCUCUGUGUCAAGUGACAGGAGGAAUGAUGUCUAUACACAGUUUGCGCAUACAUAUCUGAGGCUUGGGAUGCUUUUAGCGAGAGAAGAUACAACUGCUGAGGUUUAUGAAAAUGGAGCUCUUGAAGCUAUAUCUAUCCCACAUGACAGAAAAGCUAGGAAAGAGCUGAGGAAGCAUGAGAUAACAGCCAACGAGGCCAUUAGAGAGGCAUUGUCAGUGUACGAAUUACUGGGUGAAUCACGUAAGCAGGAGGCUGCUUACACAUAUUUUCAGCUUGCUUGUUACCAAAGAGAUUGCUGCUUGAAAUUUUUGGCACCGGAACAUAAGAAAAGUAGCUUGCCAAAAGGUGAGAAUGGCGUUCACCAGAGGGUCAAGCAAUAUGCUUCCUUGGCUGAUAGGAACUGGCAAAAGGCAAUAGACUUUUAUGGUUCUCAGACACAUCCCAGCAUGUACUUGACUAUUCUUAUUGAGAGAUCGGCUCUUUCAUUUAGCCUGUCAAGCUAUUUGCAUGCAAACAUGAUGCUGGAUGCAUUGUCCCACCUACUUGAAGCACGCCGUGUAUCGGAAGCAUUCUCAAAUUUAUUUAGAACAGACUACCCUGAAUUGCAUGCAAAAUUUUGGAGUCAGUUACAGAUGCUUUUGAAGAAAAUGCUGGCUAUGUAUCUCUCUAUUAAUUCAAAUAAAUCUACUUCAGAUACUCAAUCAACUACAACAUCUAACAGGUCUGGAGAUGCUGGAAAGCUCAGGGAGCUUUACAAAAUGUCUUUGAAUUCUACUGACUUGAGUCAAUUGCAUGCAAUGUACACCUUGUGGUCAUCAUAAUCACUAAUCAGGAGCGAAAACAUGCAUCCCAUGGAUAUUUCAUCAGAUAUUGUUGAAUCUUAUGGAUUCAGACAGCAAUGUAUAUUGGCAAAUGACUUGUAGAAUCUUUGUUCUCGGAUGAUGAUAAGGACAUUGAAAGUAUUGUUGAUUCGAACUGGUUUACUGGUUCUGCAUCUUGCUGCUCUUUGUUCUUGGCUGGGAUUUUCUUAUGGCAGCUAAAUAAUAGUGCUUGACGAAAGGUUGUGAAGUAUCAAGACGCGUCUGCACGGAUGAUCACUGCUUUUUUUUUUUAAACCGUUUUGUUUCCCUUUUGUCUUUCAGUUCAUCGAAUCCCUGAGGAAUGUAAUCAAUUUUAGCUUGAGAUGUGCCACCAGCCAAAUUGUCUAAAAAACUUGCCCAGCGAAUAUGAUCCAAUUUCAGUGGGGGUGGUGUUUGCGGUGUGGUGUUUGAAACCUUGAUAUAAUUUGUAAUAUGUGUUUUUUGGGACCUUUAUAUACUAUACAUUAUACAUUGUGCUUGUUCUUGCUUUCUCUAUUUAA